AUGGAUGCACUGGAUAGUUUUGAAGAGCUGACUGAAUUAGGUUAUCAUAUAUGUGAUAUACCUAUACCAGCACAUUAUGCGAAAAUGGUUUUAGUUAGUGUUGUGUUAAAAUGUCUUGAUCCAAUUCUAACAAUUGCAUGUAUACUAGCUUACACAGAGCCAUUUACAAUACCUAGAAAUGCUGGUGAACGACGGGAUUUAAUGAAUGCUAGAAAGAAAUUUUCUGCAGACACUUACAGUGAUCAUAUGAUGCUAUUAAGAGCCUUUCAGUUCUGGCAGAAAUCUCGCUCAGAAGGAUGGGAGAAAAACUUUUGUCAAAAAAAUUUUAUAUCUACUACAGCUUUCGAAGUUAUCACAGCUAUUCGUACACAGUUAUUAGGACAGCUUAGAGCUUCAGGUUUUGUGAAAGCCAGAGGAAGUGGAGAUAUCCGAGACCUUAACAGUAAUUCAGAAAACUGGGCUGUUGUUAAAGCAGCUAUUGUAGCUGGUAUGCAUGGUAAUUUAGCCCGACUGGAUAGGAAAAAUUCAUGUUUGAGGAUAGCUAAUGGAAAUAAUUCACUGAUUACGCUUCACCCAAAUUCCGUCAUUGCUACAAAUUCUGAUGGAACGAAAAUGGAUUUGAACAACUUGCCAUGUGAUUGGCUUGUUUUUGAUGAAGUGCUCACUUUAAGUAAUUCAAAUGUAAAAAAUAAAAUUUCAGCUGAUGCCAGUGACAUCUAUGAGUCCACAAUGUCAAGCAACAAUGAAGCUCAUUUCAGAAAUACUUGUUUGAACAGCCAACAACAAAAUAAUCCCCUGGGCAAUUCUACUGAAAAUAAUAAAAGCGACUUGAAGAUUAUAAAAUGUGCUAGUAUAAUUUCACCAAUCACUGUAGCACUGAUGGCUGGACCAAUCAGAUUAUGGCCAGAAAUGAUUAAGGAAUCUCAGUCAAACGUGAACGGCUUUAACCCUACUAAAAUACCCACAGAAGAAGCAAAACAGCAAAGGCAGCAGAAUUUAGUCAAAGAAAUCCAUCAGUGUCAGACAGUUUGCAGUAAUACAAAGAAUAAAAAUGAGAACAAUACCAAUAUUAUCUAUGGUAGUGCUCAAGAAGGAUAUGAGACUGAAUCAGAGUCCGAUUCGGAUUCAGAAACUCAGGGGAUUGUUAAAUCUCUCUUACAGAAUAAUAAUAAUAACAGUAAUAGUAAUAAUCAUAAUAAUAGUCAAUUAUCACGUAUUCAUAUGAAUAUUCGUGAAGUUCUAGGUGAAAUAAUACAGCAGAAAACAAAAGCAAAUAGCAAUUCAACAGACACAAAGCCAAAAGUGGAUACUCCACAAGCACCGACACAACCAUCAGACCCUAUCAUGAAUCUAUCAACAAAUUUCAAUGCAAUAAAUAUUUCUGAUAAUAAGCAUAGUUUGAAGUCGUUACCUAUUCAACAACAACAUCAACAACAACAACAAAGUCAAUUAAUUCCUAAUCUUACGUAUUCAUCUGUGGAUCGAUCUAAUCCUAUCAUGUCAAUGAUGUCAUCAUCGUUAUCAUCAGCAUCAUCAACAUCAACAUCUGCAAAUGAUCAAACAAACAGUAACACAUCAUUUUGCUUAGAUUCAACUGGAUUUCUGCGUUUCAUCCUAAAUUCAAAUGAAGCUCAAAUGGUUAUAGGCUUACGACAGAAAUGGCAUGCAUUGUUCUUACGUCGAUUAAAGAAUCCUGGGAAACAAUGUUCACAACAAGAUGAGGCGGUUCUUAAUUGCUUGACAAAUGUUUUAAUGGCUGAAGAACAAGCACUGGGAUUAAGACAACCAUCUGGUGUUGGUGCACGUCCACGUCCAAUGGCAGCAGAACUAUGCAAUCAACUUGAUUACUCACAAAAUGAUACUUCUCAAAUUCCCAAAAUCUCCACUGAACAGAGUAUAAUUAAUAAUAAAAUUGCCUCAGCUCAUUGUAUCACAACAGAAAGCAAAGCACCCAUCACUACCAUUACUUCUCCAAAUACAAAUCAAUUAGAUCAAGAUAGUUUAAGAUGUAAAUAUCCCCUGUUUACACGACCAAACUAUGCAUCACAAAUUACAAAUUUUACUCUGUUAAAUGACUUCAAUAAAACGAACAAACAGGGCUCAUUUCAAGCAUCCAGAAGUGAACAGUAUAUGGAUAAGCAUACGUCGAUAGCCCCAGUUAUGGAAAACACAGGAAAUACAGGAAGGCUGACGUCAUUUCCUACUGCAAACAAUAGUCGGUGUGAUUGCCAAGCUUGUAGUGACAAUCCUAAUUAUGUAUUAGCAAAUCCCUUGACAAAAUUGAAUAUUAUGCAAUCGGAAGACAAAGGCACUUCAUCAAUAAGUAAUUUGAACAGCAAUUUUUCAGAAACACCUAUUCACAUUUCAUUACAUGGAAAUCAAAAUUCUUCUCUUCUUAGUUCAUUAGUCAAUUUGAACAGAGUGAACUCAUUGGAAAUAAAGCAACAACAGCAACGCCAACAACAACCAUAUGAUCAUAAUGAAAUUCAGAAUAAUAAUAAUAACAAUCAAAUGAGUCACCAUCAUUCGCUUAAAUGGGAAAGUAUAAACUAUUCAUCAAAUAACUUAAAAGAAUCCUACAGAUUAAAUAACUUAAUCAGCAAUUUUGCUACUUUAUCAUUCCCUGCUACAUCUAUUACUACUAAUAAUGAUAAUAGUAGUAGUAGUAGUAGUAGCAAUGCGCUGAUAAGUGAUCAUUCCUUAAGCAACUUAAAUAAUCGAUUGAGUGUAACACAAACAACAAAUAUUUGGUCGUCAAAUAAUGAAGCCGAUUUUAAACUGUUAAAUUAUGGAAUAAACAAGUGA